AAUCACAGGCGGUGGUGAUGUAAACAAGGAAAUGGCGAAGGCAACCGAGAACAAAUAAGAGAAACAAGGAAGAAACUACGAAUAUUAAACGCGAACAGGAUCGUUUCCUUUUCUCUAACAGAUUGGAUCACUGCGCGUACUUUAGGAGACAGACUGACUCUGUAACAGUUAUAGUUCGUCUCAGCUCUUCUUUCUCACUCAGGUACUGUCCAAUGGAGGAAAGACACAAAAGGAUUCUUCAGCGCAACAGGACCAAUCUGGUCACAGACCUGGACCCGUCAAAUCUCUACGAUGGCCUCCUUCAGAAAGGAGUUUUCACCCAAGACAUGAUCGAUGAGAUUAAGAGCUCUGGGACCAGACGAGACCAGGCCAGACAGUUAGUCCGGGACUUAGAGACCCGUGGGAGUCGAGCCUUUCCGUUAUUUCUGGAGUGCCUUCAGGAGACAGGUCAGCAGAGUCUGGCAGAGCUGCUACAGAGUGGAGGUCCGGCCGUUCCCCUACAGCCCAGAUCAGGUCCCCUACAGCCCCUACAACCCGGGACAGGCCCCCUACAGCCCGAAGCACCCACUGAGGUUGUCCGCCCUGUUGUCCAGCCUCUCCCAGUGUUUCCUCCUCUGGAUGUUGAUAAGCAAAGACACGACAAUGUUCCUAUCUAUCCAAUACACAGACCCAACACAACUCCCAGUCCAUCACCUGAAAAGGAGAACACAAGACCGAGGCCUCCAGGCAGAACACGACGGGAUAGUAUUCAGAGCUAUAAAAUGGACGCCAGCCCAUGCGGACACUGUCUCAUCAUAAACAACGUGGAGUUUGAACCUCAGAGUGAACUGAGCAAUCGCAAAGGCUCCAACAUAGACUGUGACAAGCUGGAGAGAAGAUUCAAGGCGCUCAGCUUUAUUGUGGAAGUCAAAACAAACCUGAAACAAAGACAAAUCAAGCAUGAACUGUCGGCUCUGUCUAAGAAGGACCACUCGCAGUACGACUGCUGUGUGGUCAUCAUGCUGUCCCAUGGCACUGAGGUGAGUCACAGCCGGUUCCCAGGUGCUGUGUAUGGUGUGGACGGACAGUAUGUCCCAGUUCAGCUCAUCACAAACUACCUCAACGGACAGCACUGCCCUUCUUUACAGGGCAAACCCAAGCUUUUUUUCAUCCAGGCAUGUGGAGGAGGUGAAAGAGACACUGGCUUUGAGGUGUCUCCUGAUGAGGUCGAACCGUCCGUCGGUGGAGCUGACGAUCAGACAGAUGCCAUCCCCAUGUCGUCCAGCAGCGACUCUCUGAGCAUGUCCGACGAACCGGAUGCCAGAGCCACUCUGCCCACGCCCAGUGACAUCCUGGUGUCCUACUCCACUUUUCCUGGUUACGUUUCCUGGAGAGACACUCAGUCAGGAUCCUGGUAUGUGGAGACGAUGGAUCGUAUUCUUGAGGAAAACGCUACCACUGAUGACCUGGUCACGAUGUUGAUGAUGGUGAACCACGAGGUCUCCCAAAACUCUGCAAAAGGACUUUACAAACAAAUGCCUGGUUCCUUUAACUUCCUCCGCAAACUUCUCUACUUUAAGACUCAACCCAGUCAGAGUUCAUCCUGACACAGUUUCACUCUCAGGUUCAGGUUCAAUGUUUGUUUCAGUGUCAUGAGGUACGACUGUAAUUUCUUCUAAUUAUGUCUCAGCAGAGUUUUUACUGAAAUGAUCAGGCCUUAUAUUUCUACUGUUUAUCAUGUCUGUUUGUGUUUUUAAUUGUUGGCAGCUUUUCUAAAUGAACUCUUAAGGGAUAGCUAUGAUCUUAUAUGUACUGUGAAACUGUGGUUUAGGUUAGUUUUUUUUUAUACUGAUGUUUUAUUGGCACAUAACAGCUGUCAGUUUUCAGGAGCAGAUAAUCAACAUGAUGUUCAGUUUGUUCUCUGCAGAGUGACUUAUUUUCAGUCUCUUUUGUAUUGUGCUGAUCUUGUUAACAAAUCAGGACUUUGUUUUGUAAUUCUGUGAAGAUUGAGGUGGAAAACUCUAAAGGUGUCGACCAUCACUGUCAGCAGAAACAUUUCAUAUUUCUCAGCUGAUCUCAUCUACACAGCUGUUUUCCACAGCUGCACAGGCCAUAAUCCAACACACUCUGCUACAGUUAUUCUGAUGUAACACAUACAGCCGACCAGUGUCAGAGUGAAUCAUCUGAGGUUUUCACCAACACACUUGUUGUCUGAAUCAUUUGUACAGACAGCAGGCACAACAUCAUUCACUUGGACUGCGAUCAUAGACCUGAACGUAUUGAUGAGGGUGUAACUAUCAGGACUGUCCCAGUCUGAUGAACUCAUUUCUCAGCAGUGACAUUAAACUCUCAGUGAUAGCAUCAUGUUAUUGUUAUAGAUUCUAUUGUCAUUAUAUAAACAUGAUAGUGUUGUUUGACGAGCCAAACAACAGUUAGUGUGGGGCGAUUGUACUGGACUCUCACUCCAGUAGAUGGUGUUCGUGAGUCUCAGAGAACAGAUUCAUGUUCCUUCACUGAGUCGUUCCCUCCUUAACCACCAGGGGUCCUCCUGAAAUCAGAAACAACUCCAUUUUGGUUUUAUUUCAGUCACAUCAACAAAAAACAAUUCAAAUCUCACCUCUGAAGCUGAAAACUAUCAAAUCACUCUGAAAUCACCAGCUGAGACCUCCCACUUCAUCCACACUGUUUCAGAUAUGAAAUUCUGCGGUUUGGCCCUCAGAGCUAAAUUUCAUAAUUUUUGUAUUUGUUUUUUAAAACCUAAGUUUAUUUUUGGGACUUUGUUUAAAUCUGUGUUAGACAAUCAAGAAACUCUGAGGAUAAUCUGCAAUAUUUUUCAACCUGCAUUAUGAAUCUUUAACUUUCAAAAAUGUAUACCUACACUAGUUUUCACUUUCUAUUAUUCUAUCAUGUGUUCAACUUAUUUGGUUCUGCAUUCCCACUGAAUAAUAAAAGCUGAAAAAACACUUUGA